UCUUCAUUUCAUCUCCCCACAUUCUCACCAACUCUUCAAUUUUUUUUUUUCUAAAUUUGGAUUUCAAUAAUUCAAUUCAUUUCAUUACUUUUGGAUGCAAAUGCAUAGGAUGAGCACAGAUGAUGGAAGAACCGGGUUGUCAGAAGAUUACAACCGCCAUGUUCAUUACCACUCCGACACAGAAGUGGUCGGAGUGGACAGGAAAUCAUUCAGCGGGCCACUGAGUGUAAGUGGCCCGCUGAACAAAAGAGGCGCCCGGAAAGGCGCCAGGUUUAACAUAGACGGAAGUACAAGCGGGAGUGUGAAAUCCUCACACUCCAACAAUAACGACGAGUACGUCGAAAUCACGUUGGACGUCCGCGAGGACUCCGUGGCGGUUCACAGUGUGAAAACCGCCGAUGGAGUCGACGUGGAGGACCCCGAGUUAUCUCUACUAGCCAAAGGGUUGGAGAAAAGGUCCUCGUUCGGGUCGUCCGCGGUGAAAAACGCGUCCGCGAAGAUCCGACAGGUGUCGCAAGAGCUGAAGCGGCUGACUUCGUUCUCGAAACCGAUGAAGCGUUUAGAGAGAACGAAGUCAGCCGCAGCUUAUGCCCUUAAAGGGCUGAAGUUUAUUAGCAAGAACGACGGCGGGGCGGCCUGGGCCGCCCUCGAAAAGCGGUUUGAUGAACUCACCGGAGACACCAAUGGCUUACUUCCUCGGUCACUUUUUGGUGAAUGCAUAGGGAUGAAUAAAGAUUCAAAAGAGUUCGCCGGAGAGUUGUUUGAUUCACUUUCCCGGCGGCGGAAUAUCACCGGCGACGUGAUAAACAAAGAACAGUUAAAGGAGUUUUGGGAUCAAAUUUCUGAUCAGAGUUUUGAUUCAAGGCUGCAAACUUUCUUUGACAUGGUUGAUAAAGAUGCAGACGGCAGGAUUACAGAAGACGAAGUCAGAGAGAUUAUCAGCCUAAGUGCAUCAGCCAACAAGUUAUCAAACAUUCAAAAACAAGCAGAUGAAUAUGCAGCAUUGAUCAUGGAAGAACUAGACCCCGACAACGUCGGUUACAUCAUGAUUGAAAACUUGGAGAUGUUAUUGUUACAAGCGCCGACACAUAAUGUGAGAGGAGAAAGCCGAAAGCUGAGCCAAAUGUUGAGCCAAAAGCUGAAAACGACGCACUAUGGAAACCCGAUAAGAAGAUGGUAUGAAGAUUUUAAGUACUUUUUACAGGACAAUUGGAAGAGAUGUUGGGUGAUUGUACUUUGGAUAGGAAUAAUGGCGGGUUUGUUUACGUGGAAGUACUUUCAAUACAGAAACCGAGCUGUGUAUAAGUUGUUGGGACAAUGUGUAUGUAUAGCGAAAGGUGCAGCCGAGACUUUAAAGCUUAACAUGGCGAUUAUAUUAUUACCCGUUUGUCGAAACACGAUUACUUGGUUGAGGAACAAGACUAAGAUGGGUGUCGUGGUCCCGUUCGAUGACAAUCUUAAUUUCCACAAGGUGAUUGCAGUGGCGAUUACGAUUGCAAUUGGGUUACACGCGAUUUCCCAUUUAACAUGCGACUUUCCUCUACUAAUUCACGCAACAGAGGAAGAAUAUAGACCGAUGCAACAGUUUUUUGGAGAUCAAGCCGAAAAUUAUUGGCAUUUUGUGAAGGAACCAGUGGGGUAUACGGGAAUAAUAAUGGUAGUACUAAUGACUAUAGCUUUUACGCUAGCAACCCCUUGGCUAAGACGAGGCAAGCUCAACCUACCCCCAUGGUUAAAGAAACUAACGGGGUUUAACGCUUUUUGGUAUUCCCACCACCUGUUUGUUAUCGUCUAUGUGAUGCUUAUAGUUCACAGUAUCAAAAUUUACCUUAUCAAAGAUUGGUACAAGAAAACGACAUGGAUGUACUUGACCGUCCCGCUUGCACUCUACACUUGUGAAAGAUUAAUAAGGGCAUUCCGGUCAAGUGUUAAACCCGUCAAGAUACUUAAGGUGGCUGUUUAUCCCGGAAAUGUGUUGGCACUUCAUAUGUCAAAGCCACAAGGAUUCAAAUACAAGAGUGGUCAAUACAUGUUUGUCAACUGUGCCGCUGUCUCCCCAUUUGAAUGGCACCCAUUUUCCAUUACGUCUUCCCCGGGUGAUGAUUACCUGAGUGUACAUAUCCGGACUCUUGGUGAUUGGACUAGACAACUAAGAACCGUCUUUUCCGAGGUAUGUCAGCCUCCACAUAAUGGAAAAAGUGGGCUUCUUAGAGCUGAUUGCCAAGGAGAAAAUCCAAAUUUCCCAAGAGUUUUAAUCGACGGUCCAUACGGUGCACCAGCACAAGACUACAAAAAAUACGAUGUGGUGUUGCUAGUGGGCUUAGGAAUUGGAGCAACGCCGAUGAUCAGUAUUGUGAAAGACAUUGUGAACAACAUGAAAGCCAAAGAAGAAGAACAAAACGCAUUGGAAAACGGUGCCACAUUACAAAAGGAUAAAACGGGUUCAAGAAGUACAAACAACUUUAGAACAACACGGGCUUACUUCUAUUGGGUCACUAGAGAACAGGGUUCGUUUGAUUGGUUUAAAGGUGUUAUGAAUGAGGUUGCUGAGAUGGACAAAAAUGGCGUUAUAGAGAUGCAUAAUUAUUGCACAAGUGUUUAUGAGGAAGGUGAUGCGAGAUCUGCUUUAAUUACUAUGCUUCAGUCACUUAAUCAUGCUAAAAAUGGUGUUGACGUUGUUUCGGGUACUCGUGUUAAGUCUCAUUUUGCUAAACCUAAUUGGCGGAAUGUUUACAAGCGAAUUGCACUCAAUCACAAUGGUUCCAGGAUAGGAGUAUUCUAUUGUGGAGCACCAGCACCAACAAAGGAAUUGAAACAAUUAGCUUUAGAUUUCUCACACAAGACACCAACAAAGUUUGACUUCCACAAAGAGAAUUUCUAAGAAUCAUAUAUGAGAUCAAGUCAAACCUUCUAGAAGCAUAUUAUCAAAUAUAGUAUUGAGAGCUGUAAAAUAAUAGUGAAAGGAAGUAUAGUGACAUCCAUGAUUGUUGUGAGUGCCAGCAAAGGUAGUGGGAGAUAAAAUUUUAUAAAUAAAUUAAGGGUAAAGAUGCUGCAGUAAUGGCUGGUGUCAUUCUUGCAUCAUGUUGGUUGGGUUGUUGGUGAAAUUUUGUAUCUUCGAUUUUAUUUUUUUGUUGUCAAAAAUGUUUGGCUUUAGGUGUGGGUGGUAGGAUACAAACAGAGAUACCAGCUAGUCACCUAAUUGUUGACUCAAUAUGUAUAUAUAUUUUUUCAGAUUUUGAGAUAUAGUAAUAAUGAAUAUGUGUGUUUAUUUAUUAAA